AUGCGACUCCCUCCACCCACGGGCCAAAUCCCCGUCACUACACUCUCCUCCUUCGAUGGAGCCCAACGCUUCCAACUCGAUUUCUUCCCAACACUUCAGCCAGACAACAAUAUCUCCCACGCCAACAACCACAUUCAACUUGUCCGCACCAUUAUCUCUGCCGUUCUUGACACAAACGACAACCCUCACGUCAACAACACCGCCAUCUACUUAGGUGCACAACUUGAUGCAAUCACUGCUAUCACCGACCUCAACAACUAUCACAAAGCCGCCACCGAUGCACAAGCUGUCCUUACCCGUAUUCGACAUGACCGCGCCACGUUAUCCGCCGAGCUUGAUACCAUCCGCGUCGAAUCCGCUACACAAGCUGCAUCCAUUGCUACUCUUAAUGCUGACCUUGCUCGCAUACGUCACGAACGACGCACAAUUCUCACUGAACGUAACACUGCCAAUACCGCUCGCGAUUUAGCCCUCUAUAGAACAGACUUCACUCGCCACUGA